CACCUGUAUCGUAUAUCUUUGAAAGCUACUGGAUAAACAAAUUCGGAUGUUGUAGUACAAUCUAAGAAACAUUACCCGCGGAAAUUUGUUACAGUGACAAUAUCAUUUAGACAUUUAAUCACUUUGAAGUUUGAACAAGAUAAACCAUGAAUUUAUUUAAUUGAUUAUCCAUUUCAAAUAUCUGCUCCAGUUCUCUAUAUACGUAUGCAAGUUGCGUUUGGUCCCCGUUUCAAUGCGGGAUUGGGUUGAAACUUGAAACUCGGAAGUUUUUGAUAAUGGAGAGCAGUGAACGUAAGAAGGACGUGAAAUUGCCUCUGCUGGACGGCUGGAAGCUCGGAGGACGCGGGCGGCGCAGCCGGCGGUUUUCCAGGCGGAACUCUGUUACCUCGCUCCGAAGCGAUUUCCUGGCUCGUCUACCGGAUAAUGUCCGUUCCUGCGUUGACCCUGAGUCUUCUUCUCCGCCUGACCUCUCCAAAUCUUCUUCCUUGACGAAAGGAGAAAAAGAAUAUUAUGAAAAACAAUUUGCCACUUUACAAUCAUUUGAAAGUGUUGAUAUCGUGACUUCAUCUAACUCGACUGAUGAAGAUCUUGAGGAAUCAGCCCAACAUGAGAGAGCAAUGAAGAUUUCCAAUUACGUGAAUGUAUUAUUACUGGCUCUUAAGAGUUAUGCUACAGUUAAAAGUGGGUCUUUAGCUAUUGCUGCAUCAACAUUGGAUUCUUUACUUGAUGUCAUGGCUGGCGGCAUAUUAUGGCUCACUCACUUGUCAAUGAAAAACAUAAAUAUCUACCAAUAUCCCAUUGGGAAACUGAGAAUGCAGCCAGUUGGCAUUAUUAUCUUUGCUGCAGUCAUGGCUACAUUGGGAUCAAACUGAUCUUUUCUGAAACAAAUCUCCCUCCUUGAUAACUUUUGGGCAUCACUUGCUUAGGCUUUCAGGUAUUGGUUCAGGCUGUCGAACAACUUCUUGAAAAUAAAGCAUCUGAAAGUUUGACCUCAGAUCAGCUAACAUGGCUGUAUAGCAUCAUGAUAACUGCUACUGUUGUAAAACUUGGUCUUUGGAUCUACUGUAAGAAUUCAGGAAAUGAGAUUGUUCGAGCUUAUGCAAAGGAUCACUAUUUUGACGUUGUUACAAAUGUAGUUGGAUUGAUAGCGGCUGUGCUUGGAGAUAACUUUUACUGGUGGAUUGACCCUACCGGGGCCAUUGUACUUGCAAUUUACACAAUUGUAAAUUGGUCAGCAACCGUCCUAGAGAAUGCAGUAUCACUCAUAGGACGAUCAGCCCCUCCAGAAGUAUUGCAGAAGUUAACGUAUCUAGUAGUCGGGCACCCUCAAGUGAAACGUGUUGACACUGUCCGAGCAUAUACUUUUGGUGUCUUGUACUUUGUCGAGGUUGAUAUUGAACUACCAGAAGAUUUGCCUUUGAAACAAGCUCACACCAUAGGAGAGAAUCUACAAAUAAAGAUUGAGAAACUCCCUGAAGUAGAACGAGCAUUUGUUCAUCUUGAUUAUGAGUGUGACCACAAACCUGAGCAUUCUGUACUCAGCCGGCUGCCCAACAGUGAACCCUAAUAUCGCAAUAAUCUCGGUGUGUGCCUCACACGUUUUGCCUCAACACAUGUUGUAGAUUAUAUACUCCAUAUAAGUUUAUAAAGAAGUGCUGCAUUUCUGGUUGCGAUGUUUGAACAAGCUGUUUUUCAAGGUUUUUGCAAAUUUUUUAUGUGAAAGGUUGGUCACUUACAAACCUAUGUGACCUUCAUGCCCCAUUAAGAUGCAAAUCCCGGUAUAGUGUAUAUAAAAAAUAAAAUAAAAACCGUGGACACUCUUUCACCGGCCAUCCGUUGCUCUUGUUCACCAAUUUGUUUGCC